UUUUGUAUAUGUAAGCUAAAUUUAAAUAACAAAACAAAAUUUAAACGGUAUCAAAAAAUAUUCAAACCGAAAACAGAAAAUUAAGUUGAAAAGCAAACAAAAGCCAAAAGCUUUUCAAGUGGAAUUGGUGAAGAAGAAAACAACAUAAAAAUCUUUUGUGCAAAUUUAUUCAGCGGAAAACAACGCAUUUCAAUUGAUCAAAAGUGAAACCGAAGUUCACAAAAAACAUUUAAAAUCGAACAGCAGCAGCGAACUGCGGUCAAUAGCGGUAAAUUAAAUAAAAAGUACUAGAAUUAAAUUUUUCAAGCCAACAUUUGGUGCGCAUAAAGAGCAGUGGUGUGAAUAAUAAAAAGAAAAAAUAAACAAAGAGCAUAUAAAAAUCAAUUGGAAUAAAUUUAACUGCACAUAAAAACAUCAAGUUCAUUAAAAACCAAAUCAACACUUGAAUAAAUAAAAUUCAAUAAAGUUCGAAAGAUAGGUAAUUCAUUAUACGCACAGUCAAAGUAAGUAAAAGCGAAACCAAUAAACUCUUUUAAAAUUACAAAUCGCUAAAAACAAUAGCACAAAAUCAUAAUCAAAGCGAGAAGCAAGCAAAAAGCUAAAAACCAAAUAUCUCAGAAAAAUCUAAAUAUAUACGCUAUAAACAGCUGAAAAUAUAAAUAUUCCAAAACCGAAUAAAAAACUUGAAUUAAACCAUUUCUUAAAUAAAACAUUUCAAAUGUGCAGAGUGUAAAUCAAAAACACAGCAGAGGCUAAAGAAAUUUAAAAAUAACCUUAUUUUAAGAAAUAUAAAAAUAAAGCUUUUCCAAAAAAUUUCAAUCUAAACAAAGAAAACUCGAGAAAUUGUGAAAAAAACGCAAUUGCAAGUAUUUUUUCGUGCAACUGAAAUCAAAUACAGAAAUCAAUAAAGUAGCAAAAACAGGCAGAAUAAAUUUUCUCCAGUUCACCAGAGUAAAAAAAACACGCGGCAAGUAACAUUUGCGUAAAGGAAAAAAUAUAUAAAAAAAUUUCAAACACAUCAUCAACACUCCAAAACCAGCCAAAUCUAGCGACAAAUAUAGAACAACCAAAAGCUGCGAGUUAGAAAAAAUAAAUAAAUUUUCGUGAACAAAAAAAAUUGGUGAAUAAUAAACCAAAGGAAAAUUCGAAAAAGAUCAAUAAGUGAGCGUCAAUAAAUCAAAUUUAAUGCAAAACCAACGAUAACAAAUGUACGUUGUUUGUUAAGCUAAACCAGCAAAAAUACAUUUACUUCAACAACGUACUAUAAACAAGUAACCAAAAACCAACAACAACAAUUUACAACAAAUUCGCUCAUCAACAACAGUGUCAGUGCAGAAAAAAAGCGUUCCAUAUGGUUCAUAUUAUCGAAUUGGUCGGCCAGCCGAAGGUUGAGUUUGCUCAACAAGUUACUAUGAACCGUGCUUUACAGCUCAAGCCAGCUGAAAGUGAAAGUCGAAGCGCUUUUGAAAAAGUCAACCGCUGCAACAACAACGCAAACAUUCAAGAUGUCCAAUUCAAUUGCAACAGCAACAACAACAAUGAAAUCAAUGCUGCUGAUUCAGCUGAAUUCGCCUGCGCAACAAUGGCACAGUAAAUUCAACAACAAAGUAGCGCGCAAACGAACGUAAAGUGAUAUGUACAUACAUACAUAUGUAGAAUGUGUCAAAACGUGUCAAAGAAAAUUAAGUAAAUUCAAGUUC